UUAGUCGACUGUCAUCUCAUAGUGUUGUUUGCGGUCGCAUUUAUUUAAUUUUUACUUUUGUUUUGUUUUCUUGUGAUUCGUUUUUGUUUCAAAAUGGAUUGUUCAGGCUCAAAACUAAAUGAGCGAUGUAUCAGACAAGAGUAGACGCAGCGGUAGCAGCGUGCGGCGGCAGCGCUCCAUCUACCAGGUGCACUACUGCAUGCGGCGCCAGGACGCCGACAUGACGGCCAGACCACUACUCAUGCCCACCAGCCCGCUAGAAGUCCAGGCCUACGCGCUCCAGGUGGCCGGACACAGGAAGACUGAGGAUACUAAGUACUUAGGUCUCCUCCAAUGCAACAAUGGCACGAUAAUGAAACCUAUCAUAAAAGAGUCUCAGAAGCGAGAGGUGGACUUCUACGAGCACCUGAAGACUAGCUCACAAGCUGAGCUGCAGGAGCUGCGGGGGCUGGUGGCGAAAUACUUCGGCAACAGAAAGUACACGUACAAUGGGUUCGAGCAGGAUUACAUCAUACUGGAGGACCUAACUGAGAGGAUGCUGGAGCCUUGUAUUAUGGAUGUUAAGAUUGGCAAGAGAACGUGGGACCCGCUGGCCACGGAGGAGAAGAUAAAGAACGAGCAGAGCAAGUACGCAGCAUGCAAGCAGCAGUACGGGUUCUGUAUCCCAGGGUUCCAGGUGUACAGACUCAGUACUGGCAAGCUCUGCAAGUAUAACAAGGACUACGGGAAGCGGCUGCACGGACAUGCUGUUAAAGAAGCAAUCCGCAACUACCUGAACGGUAUAGGAGCGACGUUAUGCCGCGCCUUACUGCUGCAGUUUCUAUCAGAAUUGUGGAAGAUACAGAAAUGGUCGCGUCGUCAGACGGCGGUGCGGCUGUACAGCGCCUCCUUGUUGCUGGUGUAUGACGCCGCCAGGCUGAGGGACUGCUGCCAGAGCAAGGAAUUCACAGCCCGCGCGGGCUGCCGGCCGGCGACGGUCCCCCGGCGCCGACACUCGCUGCACGGCGUGGGCUCGGGCUCCAACUUCAGCGGACAGAUCACUUCCAAGGGUCCCGUCUACAAGAAACUACAAUCCGUCCCUCUCUCACCUAUGUCUCUGUCUCACUCUAGCUUCUCACCCCUACCGCCCAUCAACUCCCCGUGGUCUGAAGCUCUAGCCAGCUUCAACCACAACCACUCCUUUGAACACAACUACGAGAAUAAACUGUCCAAAAUAAAGAUGAACUACAGAGCCAUGUUGGACCAGUUGUCGUACGACUCUCCUACUCCUAACCCCUGGGGCACCGUCAAGGUCAUUGACUUUGCCCACGCUUUCUUUAAUAGAGAGGAAGAAAAGCAAAUCGAUGAGAAUUUCAGAGAAGGCAUUGAGAACUUUGUAGAAAUAUUCGAAUGUUUUCUAAGAGAAACUGAUGAUCAAGUUCUAUGAUAGAGCCAUAGAGGUUCCAACAGCUAACACUUGCAGAAGUGUAAUUGUUUCCGGGUACGACCCGUCUACACUGGAUUGUGAGAACCGAAGUUAUCCAUAAAUUAAAAGAUCCGUAACAAAGCACCAAAAAUAUCCAGCAAUAAAAGAUUGAAACAAAAAAAUAUACUUCAAAAAGUUCCAUAAUUUCAGCUCAGCAAAAAUACGUCAUAUUCACUGUGAAAAACUAAGACUUCAUAAUAUAUUAAGAGGUGCAUCAAAAAGUAAAGUUUAGUAAGCAAACAUUCUUCAAUGACAUUUGAGUUUCAAUGAAAAUGCACCGCGUAGCGUAGUAAACACAUAAUCGUAGUAUAAGUAUUACAAAUGUCAGUAUUUCAAAUGAAUAUUUACAAACUAAUUUCGUUCAUAAAUAUAUCCUAUCGUACACACUUGUUUCUAACCUCUUACUAGUCCUCAUACCCCAGAACGAAUAUGACUUAUUAUAUAAGUAGGAAUCGAUUGGUAAAAUUGAAUUAUUUUAUCUACUAUACUACCUACUUUUCAGAACACCUCUUACUGUGUUAUGAACUCCUGAUACUGUAGAUCAAAUAUGACGUAUUUUCUGGCAAAUUAUGCUUUGAACUCCUGGUAAUAUCCAAUCAUAAAUAACGUACUCUUGUUACUUAUUGAUGACAACUUCGGUUCAGCGAGUGGGACGGGUAUGGCCCAAGUUUUCGAAUGUAAUUAGUGAUUUAUUUUGUGGAUUGCGACUUAAUAUUGAUAGUCGAUUGCGUGACACUUUUACUUGUCACAGAAGUAGGUGAUAUCUCCUAGUCGCAGGUUUGAAAUGAGCAAUAUGAUAAUAAUAUUGUUCCUAAUCUAGUUACUAGAUGUAAAAUAGAGUUAAAUACUUCGUGAGAUUUGUCACUUGCAUCCAUUUUAUAACCGUGUGGUAUUUCAAUGUGUCAAACUUUUCUACAAGACUAUAAGUAUUGUUUGAUCAUGUAUCACUUCAUUGUUAGAACUUUGUUAUGAAUGUGGUUUUAAUAUCUUGUAUAAUGAGGUAGACCUGUCUGUGUCCGACUAAUGUGUGUACUCUUGUCUAAAAGACUUGCAUAGUUUUAACUGCCUAUAUUUACUGUAACUCAAUGUAAUGCUCAAUUUUGUAAGCUACUUCAUUCGUUACGAGGUGUUUCCUACUCGGGACAUGUCAAGUCAAAAUAUUUUAGUACUUAAAUAGAUUUUAUUAUUCCAAAUAAUAGUUUUAUAUUGUUAUUAAUAUAAGUGUGAUAAAAGUAAAUAAAUUGUUUGACGCUUUCGCGUUAUAAAUAUUUAUUAUCGAAAUCAGCCAAAAUUAUUUCUCCCAAAUAAA